UGAUGAGAAGGGUAGAAGAAAAUCGCUAUGCAAGUUCACUGCAGUUGGCUAAAAAAGUAGAAAGUCAAACCGGGGUGAUUGUUUCCUGUGACCCAUUAAGACAUACACUGCAGAGGAAUGGCAUGCAUGGGUGUCAUCCAUGAAGGAAGGCUCUCCUAAAGCCCAUGCACAAAAAUGCCCAACAAGAAUUUGCCAGGGGUCAUGCUGAAAAAAAAAAGACUACUGGGAUUCUGUACUCCGGAGUGAUGAGACCAAGAUAAAUGGUUUUGCAACUGAUGGUUUCAAAACUGCAUGGUGUCGCAAAAGUGAGGAGUACAAAGAAAAAUGCAUGGUGCCUACCGUGAAACAUGGUGGUGGGCACUGUCCUUCUGUGGGGAUGCAUGUACUGCUCUAUAUUGAAAGAGAAGAUGCUACCGUCACUCCGUGCCCUUGGUCGUCGUGCACUUUUCCAAUGGUCAAUGAUCCAAAACACACAUCUAAUGCCACUGUUGCAUUUCUGAAGAAGAGCAGGGUGAAAGUGGUUCAGUGGCCAAGUGUGUCUCCUAAACUGAACCCAAUGGUACACCUAUGGGGAAUUCUG